ACGCGAAGUAUAGCUUUUUUCCGUCAUUUCAAUAACUUCAAUACACGGCUUAAUCAAUUAUAAUGCCAAAGAUUCAUAGUAUCGCAAUACGAGGAAUUCGUUGUUUUGGUCCCUCGCAAUGUUUUGAAGUAAACUUAGAUCAGCCUCUUACGCUAAUAGUUGGCACAAAUGGUUCUGGGAAAACAACUAUAAUAGAGGCGUUGAGGUAUGCCACUACUGGUCUUUGUCCACCAGGUACCUCAAGGGGAAAGACUUUUGUAAUGGACCCAAAUUUAUAUGGCGAAAAUGAAGUUAAAGCUCAAAUCAAACUUGAGUUCACGGGUAUAGACGGACAAGAAGUGGUUGCUACUAGGUCUAUGUCCAUGAAACAGAGAAAAACAGUUUCAACAUUUCAAACACUUGAAUCUUUGUUGGAAAUAAAUGAUCCAGCUUCACGGUUUAGAACAAGUCUUACUGGUCGCUGUGCAGACUUAGAUUCAGCGGUUCCCGCGCAUCUUGGCGUUCCUCCUGCUAUUCUCGAUUUUGUUAUAUUUUGUCAUCAAGAUGACUCUCUUUGGCCGUUAUCUGAACCGACUGUGCUAAAAAAAAAAUUCGAUGAAAUUUUUGAAUCCGGCAAGCUUUCUAAUAUAAUAACGGAUGUCAAAAAGGACAGGAAAGCACUAGCUACAUCAUAUAAAGAAGGCAAAGUAGUUUUCGAUCAUUUGAUGAAAGAACGUGAAAGGGCUGAGAAGUUACAAAGGAGAAUUGAACAAAAUAAAAAAAAGGUUGAAGAACUUACUCGCCAAAGAAAAACUUACAGUCAUCAAAUUAAUGAUGUUGCUCAAGAAAUUGGAUCAUUACUAGAAACUAUUCAAGAAGUAAAUAAUAAAGAAUCAGACCUAAAAAUAUUAA